AUGAAGAAUUACAAGCUCCAACAAGGCUCACCGCCGCCAAAUAAUAAGCUCUUCAAUGCGCAAAUGCAUCUCCAGAAUCUUGUGUUUUAUUUUCUUCUCUUUUGCUCAGGUUUAGCGCUUGGACUUACGCUAAGUUUCUAUCUUAGAGAUUUCUCCUUCAACUUGCAACUCAACCAGCUUUUUGAUCUUCCGGCGACUGCUCCACCGGAGCUAGCUCUUCCUCCAUUGCAGACCAAGACGAAUCUCACCCUGGUCGUGUCUCCUCCUCCUUUACAAAUGACCAAUCCGAAUCUCACCCGGGUCGGGUCUCCUCCUUCUCCUCCAUUGCAAAUUACCAAGAACAAUCUAAUCCGGGUCGGGUUAAAACAAUACUUGAAACCGCCAAGUGCUAUGCACGACAUGAAAGACGAGGAGUUGUUAUGGAGGGCUUCAAUGGCGCCUAGGAUUCGUGAAUUCCCGCUGAAGCGGACUCCGAAAGUGGCGUUCAUGUUUCUGACAAAAGGGCCGCUGUCUUUGGCCCCCCUGUGGGAGUUGUUCUUCAAAGGACACGAAGGUCUUUAUACCAUUUACGUGCACCCCAAUCCAUCUUUCAACGGAACGGUGCCGGAAGAUUCCGUUUUUCAUGGCCGGAGGAUCCCAAGUAAGGUGGUGAGAUGGGGAGAGUUUAACAUGGUCGAAGCGGAGCGCCGCCUGCUAGCCAAUGCACUGCUCGACUGGUCGAACCAGCGGUUCGUCCUCCUCUCGGAGUCGUGCAUUCCUCUAUUCAACUUCUCCACAAUCUACAACUAUCUCAUGGGCUCCAAGAAAACAUUUGUGGAGGCCUAUGACUUACCAGGCCCAGUGGGCCAAGGCCGGUACAAUCCUAAAAUGAGGCCCACAAUCAAGCUCGAGCAAUGGCGGAAAGGCUCCCAAUGGUUUGAGAUGGACCGUGAGCUGGCCAUUGAGGUAGUUUCCGACAAAACAUAUUUCCCAUCGUUCGGGAGAUAUUGCGUGCCCUCGUGUUACGCGGACGAGCACUACUUGCCGACGUUUGUGAGCAUCCGAUUUUGGAGAAGGAAUUCAAACAGGACUUUGACUUGGGUCGACUGGUCAAAGGGCGGACCCCAUCCAUCUAGGUUUCUAAGAACAGAUGUGACCGUUGAUUUUUUGAAGAUGUUAAGGCAUGGUAGCCGUUGUGAGUAUAACGGGGAGAGCACCAAUAUUUGCUAUUUGUUUGCAAGGAAGUUCACUUUGCAUGCUUUGGAUAGGUUGUUGAGGUUUGCACCAAAGCUCAUGCAAUUCAAUUGAUUUGCAUACA